CCUAAACUGAACAUCAUUACUUGCUAACCCGACAACUUGCACACCAUUGCGUCGAUGACUUGUGACUUUAUUGUUGUCGGAGGUGAGCGUCACCGUCAAAUUCAACCCCAGGUCUCCAAGUUUGAUCAUACAAACUUAUUUCCUAUCCUCCUCCGUCCCAAUAUCAAGGUCAUAUAUAAUUUCAUACAUUCUUUUUAUGUGCCUUGGGGCCUUGCCGCUAAUUCCAAUUUCCCCCCUCAUAGCUGGGCCCUUGUCGGCACUUUGAUUUGGCGGACGGCAAAGGGGCACCAACUGACAUUCAAGUCACCCGCAGAUCGGGGUUCGAAAGAGGUCGUGCUCUCGGCCGGUGCCCUUGACAGCCCCAAGAUCCUCAUGCACCCCGGCAUCGGCCCCCGCAAACAGCUGGAACAAUUCGGAAUACCCGUCGUGAGGGACGUACCGGCUGUCGGCCAGGGUUUGAGGGUCCACAUGUCCUGCCGUCUCGUGUAUACGCGGAAAGGAGGGCGACACGGCCCGCGCGUCGUUCUACGGCGUCCGGGAGACGAUGGACGAGGCGCUGGAGCAGUGUAAGCGCAACGGUACGGUCCCGUGGUCUACGUAUGCCUGCGAGCUGGACAUCGGCUGCUUCAAGCUCAACAAGCUCGUCGCCUCGGAGGAAUUCAAGACACUGCCC